AUGGCUCCCACUACCGUCCCCACCAACGACCAGGUCCUGGUCCCUGAGACUCUCCUCAAGAAGAGGAAGAGCCAGGAGAAGGCCCGCGCUGAGCGCACUGCCGAGGCCGACAAGAAGAAGAAGGCUAGUGCCAACAAGGAGAAGCGCCAGGUCAUCUUCAAGCGCGCCGAGACCUACGUCAAGGAGUACCGCGACGCCGAGCGCGAGAAGAUCCGCCUCAACCGUGCUUCCAAGCAGGACGGCACCUUCUUCGUCCCUGCUGAGGCCAAGCUGAUCUUCCUGAUCCGCAUCAAGGGUAUCAACAAGAUGCCCCCCAAGCCCCGCAAGAUCCUCCAGCUCCUCCGCCUCCUUCAGAUCAACAACGGUGUCUUCGUCAAGAUCACCAAGGCCACUACCGAGAUGAUCAAGGUUAUCGAGCCGUGGGUUGCCUACGGUUACCCCAACCUGAAGAGCGUCAAGGAGCUCAUCUACAAGCGCGGAUACGGCAAGGUCAACAAGCAGCGUGUCGCCCUCACCGACAACUCCAUCAUUGAGGAGAACCUCGGCAAGUACGGCAUCAUCUGCAUGGAGGAUCUCGUCCACGAGAUCUACACCGUCGGCCCCAACUUUAAGCAGGCCUCCAACUUCCUGUGGCCCUUCAAGCUGAGCAACCCCAACGGUGGCUUCCACACCCGCAAGUUCAAGCACUUCAUUGAGGGUGGUGACCUUGGCAACCGUGAGGAGAACAUCAACGCUCUCAUCCGCCAGAUGAACUAG